AUGACUGAUUCUGGUGACUAUUUCGAAGCAGAUGUCGAUCGAUUUGAUGAUAUCUUUCAUAAAUAUGGUGACGAUAUCGAUGAAGAUGAAGAUAAAAUUAUUGAUUUUGACAAUCUUCAACAAAGAAUUAUUCAAGAAGAAGAUGAAUAUAACGACAAUGAUAACACCGAGGACAUAAUUCCAGUUGGAGAGGUACUUGACAAUGACUCAACUGUAAUUUUAGUAGAGCUUACAGUGAAAGAGGAUGAUUUGUCUCAAAAACUUAGUCAACUUUCAGCUUCUACCGAAGCAAAGAUAACGACACAUCAGGAACAAUCGAAUGAAUCAAAAAGUAGAAAGCGUCCUGUGUUAACACCAACAACACCAACAACAAUUUCACAAACAGGUCGAACAACCAAAAAGCUCAAAACAAGUGAUGAUAAAGAGCAAUCCAAUUG